GGUUUCUGCUCCAACACUUUGACCUUAGCGGGACACCAACGACCUCUUCCGGGUUCACACUGACUCACAGAGGUUGGAGAUGAAUCUAUGAAGGCAUAAUUUUUGUACAUAACUGCGUUUCCCAGCUGAAGGCAUACAGUGUACGCGUAUUUCUGCAGUUAGAAGCGUUGUUGAACGUCGUCGUCGUGCGACUGCUGUUGGUUUAGCGCUCCGUGUGUUUUAAGCUGAACAUGUCUGCGGAGGAAGCGGACAAAACAACCACCACUGAUGCGAGCGCUGGAGACGAGGAGGAGGAAUGGCUUUAUGGAGAUGAGUCCGAGAGCAAAGAUGAGGACGAGGAAGCCAAACUGAAUGCUGCAGUCAGUGCACCUGCUGAUGCUUCAGCAGAAGAAGCUGCUGCACACGCUACAGGGAAUGGAGUGGCCUCUGAGGCCACGGGUGAAGCUGCAGGUGAGGAUGUUGACAGCGACAGCGACAGUGAUGAUGACGACGACGAUGUCCGCGUCACCAUUGGAGACAUAAAAACUGGAGCACCCCAAUACACAACUUAUGGAGCUCCACCUGUCAAUCUCAACAUAAAGACAACCGGCUCCAGACCUUAUGGACAAGCCUCCAAGCUCAAGGGAGUGGAUCUGGAUGCUCCUGGAAACAUCAACGGGGUACCAGUGCUGGAGGCAGAAUUGGAGUCCUUUGAAGAAAAACCCUGGAGGAAGCCAGGUGCGGAUCUGUCAGACUACUUUAACUAUGGCUUCAAUGAAGACACAUGGAAGGCGUACUGUGAAAAACAGAAGAGGCUGCGCAUGGGCCUGGAGGUCUCUAAUGUCAGCUCGGUCGCAAGCAAGAUUACUGUUCAGCAAGGCCGGACAGGCAAUGAGAAGGACAUGUCCAGUUUGCCUGUUCACACGUCCAAGCCAGACUUCACUUCUCCUGUCAGCAUGUACAAGUCCACCAUCACUCCACACCAGGUCACCAGGAUCUCUCCCCCUCAGUGGCCUGGCCCACCUGUUCAGGACAUGUCCUAUUAUACGAAGACGAGCGGUACUAUAGAUGUGAUUGGAGGACAGUUGGCCACCAUCAGCAGGGUUGAAGGGCGACGCAGACACAAUGUUGAUGGCAACAAUAUCCAGGUGAUCGCUGAACAAUCAGAUGCUGAGCCGACUCCAGCUAAGAUACCCCCCUUCUUCCCUCCUGGACCACUUCCUCCAAAUAUCCCCCCGCCUCCUUUCCUCCCUCCGCCACCCAACGUCAGCGCUGCACCCCCACUCAUCCCCCCACCCCGGUUACCCAUUACUGUCCCUCCUCCUGGUUUUCCUCCUCCACCUAGUGGACCGCCUCCUGCUAUCAUUCCCACUAUGGACAGUGGCCACCCUGGAGGUUAUGAUGGACGAUCUGUCCCUUCCUACCCAUUCCCUCAAGGUGCAUAUCCUCCACCCAUGGCUGGAGGUGUACCUCCUCCUUGGCCCCCCAUGAUGGACAACUCCAAACCCUGGGACUACUAUCCCCGUCGAGAUGAAAAGAGAGACAAGGACAGGGAGAGGCCCCGAGAGAGGACACAUGAGCGGGAGAGAGAGAGGGAGCACAGCCCUUCAGCUAUUAGCUACACCAGCGACGAGGAGCGGUACCGUUACCGUGAGUACCAGGAGCGUGGUUAUGCAGAGCGACAUCGUGACCGGUCGAGCCGGGAGAAAGAGGAAAGACACAGAGAGAGGCGGCAUCGAGAGAAAGAGGAGGGACGCCACAAGUCCUCUCGCAGCAGCAGUAGCAGGAGGAGGCACGACAGCGAGGAGGGCGACAGCCACCGGAGGCACAAACACAAGAAGAGCAAAAGGAGCAAGGAGGGUAAAGAGGUCAGCGAGGAGAUCAGCGCAGACCAAGAGAACCAGGAGGCUAUGGAGUAGUGAUUGCCACCUCCUGGUUUUCCUCUCUUGUCUGUCUCCGGUCUUGUCUGCCCCCCCCGGUCUCCAUCUCCCACCAAGAUGCGAAAGAAGGAGAGGGAGAAGAUGAGCACAGACCCACAAAACCAGGAAAUUGCAGAGUGUUCGAUGCCACUCGCCCCUCCAUCAAUCUCAAUUCUCCUCCAUCCCGCUGUCGUUCGUCCUCACCAUCACUUCAUGCGGAGAAUGGACGGAUCAGAGGACGCGGGGAAGGAGGGGCAGGUGUCCAUCUGUUUUUUCACCAUCACCAGCUGACAUCUCACAGGGCAUCAGUCUGCCCUUCAACCCUCUCCUCCCUCUCUCCUCGGCUCCCCCACCCUCCUCUCAGAGCACUGCUGUAACAGUUAGGUCAUGCUCAGAGAUUUCACUGUAUAAUCAGGAUGAUCAGCAGAUUUAGUUCUUUUUCUGUCAUUUGUUUGUUUAAUGUCCUUUUUGUUCUUGUGCUGUAUGAAGACAUCUAUAGAGAGCUCUCAGUUUGACAAGUUCAAUUAAAAAACACUUUUGAUAAGA